AUGAAUCUCAUUGACGACAUUCCGCUCAAGAUUUGGGAUGUCAUCUCCACCGAGGUAGUUGACCCACAAGACUUUUACGGCCUCGCCCGCACUUGCCGCGCCUUCUACGACAGAUGGAAUACCGAGUUUCAGCUGCGUUUGGUGGGAUGGCGUAGCUUGGAAGGAAUUGAGAGUUUCAUCUGGCACCACCGCGAUAACCCUGAUGUAAGGGACCAGCCCAUGUCUCUCGCUGUGCAAACCCUCGUCCCUAUAAACUCCAACCUCAACACCCUAUUUGAAGAGCGGCCGUUUUGGCCAGACUUGUGGCACGACUGGUACACUCGUGUGCACCCUCCGAUGGAAAGCUCGGAUGGUGAUGCAACUCCCAGCCCAGGCCAGAUGCCCCGGCUCUGCGCUGCCUUCAUUCGUCUCUGCCACCCGUGGCAGUUUCUGCACAGGAUGCCGAGCUUCACGGCUAUAUAUGAACUUAGCCUAGAAAACGUGGAGAUAUCCUUUUCGGGCCUCAGCGUCAUGCUGCACCUCCCCCAGCUUCGUCGGCUCCGACUCAUUCACUGUUCAUUCAGGGCUCGGCCGCGUCAAUGUCUGCAUUCGCUGCCUUAUAUGCUCGGGUUGCCACUGACACAUCUGGCCCUGCUUCACUCAAGCGGAGAUGAGAGCUGUGAAGAUUUAGAGAAGGUUGCCGCCCUCGCAGCGUGCCCAAACCUCGAGCGCCUACAGUUCACCGGAUCUUUUCCUGUCCUUAGCGUUGUCUCCGGCGAUCAUAUCACUUCACUCCAAACAGCUCUUUCCCCUUCGACGCUGCUCUGCAACGUAGAAGCCAUUCUCCCGGCCAAACGAUCCUACAGAGACGUUUCUGGGAAGAUGGAUUACCGAAAGGCAGAGCGGAAUGCCACUCUUUUGUCACGUUUUCUUUCGCGCUGCCCAGCGCUUACCAAACUUACGAUUCGCGGAUAUGUACCUUGCCACCUAUCCAUUCCCGUCGGUGCGCUUCCCCGCUUAGAAACUCUCAGAGGGCCGCAAGCAGUCAUUGACUGCAUGACACAACGUGCGCCUGCGCUGCGGGUGUUAGACAUACAUGAUGGUCUGGCGGUACCGUCGGACGUGGCGCGUGGGCUUGGAGCUAUAGCAGAUAAAACAAAAAGGGAGGAUGGAAAAACCGGGAUAGAUGAAGUCCAUAUAUACACGCACCGGUGGGACGAAGAAAUUGCCUUAGCUGUGACGAAGUCGUUUUCCAAUCUGCGUACUAUUGACCUGCGAUACAGGGAGGGGCCGGGCGAGGUCUACAUCUUGAGCUUCGGACCCCGCUUGCUGUGCAACCUCCCUGCUCUUGAGCACAUGAGUCUGCAUAGCGUCUUUUACCAACAAAGUAAUAAGGAUGCUCCUCCUUGCGAUAUGCCCAAGGAAAUACUGGGUAAUUCCUUUGGCGAGGACGAGCGAGGUGUAGAAGUGGGUAUAAAACUGGAGGACUUGGAUCGUAAAUCCGCCACUGAGGAAGAGGAGGCGGAUCAUGCUGAGAUAGCGCACGUUUGGAAGAGGUACUGCCCUAGUCUCAUCGAGGUCGGGCUUGCAUGGGGUGUUCUAUGGAGGUAUGAUACGGAAUCCAGGACAUGGCGCAAGAGGACGUACUACUUUGAAGGAGGGAGCAGGGUGAUGUACAAUGAUUUAGCAUAA